GCACAUUCUUGGAAAUCCACCUAGUAAACACACAGAAAUCCAAUUCCUAGCCUUUAUUCAACGUCUCUGCCAUUUUUACCAUCCUAUUAUUUAUGGAAAUAAAUCCCAUAAUAUUAACCUACCCACAAUCCCAUGGCAGUAUAUUUAUGUAAUCGUUGCGACUAGAACUUUACUAGUUGAGUCAUAUUUUUCUCAUUGCUUGAGAAGUUGUAGCAUUAGCACAAUGUAUGGUUCAAGCUCAACUUCAUCCAAGGAUGACACUGUCAUCUCAAUCCCUAGCACCAAAAAAAGGCCUGCUGCAGUUCUUGAAGAAGUCGCUCAGCGCGAUCCAAAGCUCGCGAAAAGGAUUAUGACUAACCGGAGGUCGGCUAUGAGGGCAAAGGAGAGGAAGAAGAUGUACAUUCAGACGCUUGAAUGCAACAUACAAAGGUUGCAGUUUGAAUUAGCUGCUCUGACUGCUCAGUUGGAACAAUGGCAGGUAGACACCCUUUACAUAACUGCAGAAAACAAUAGAUUGAAAGAAUGUCUACACCAUAUUUUGGAAGACAUUGAAUUGCAAGACGCCUUGAAUUAUCAUAGCAGAAAUGAGAUUGAACGUCUGAAAAGACUUGUUUUCUCAAACAAUAUCUCAAACGAUUGAGUUGGAUUGAUGCACACAUGUUUUUUGUCCGCAAGACAUAGCAUCAUUCCACGGGAUGCCCUGGUAGUGGUGCACCUAUGUCAUGAAAGUCCUUCUCCAAAGUCCGCACACAGAUUCAGCAAUAAAAACUUCAGGAGUUUGAGCAGCAGCAUGAUCGGCAGAAGUUGAAACAGAUGUUAUUGAGAAAAUAAUUUUUUCAAGUUCAAUGUACUUUUUUGCUGAUAAUAAGUUUAGAUUUAUUUGAAUUAAGAAUAUUUACAUUUUACAUGACUUAUUUUUCUGUCAA